UAAGAAUUGAAGAUAAAGAAAACGCUUAUUCCCAUUUUAAUCACAAUAACAGCAAUAUGGAGCAAGAAAACUUCGGAGAAUUCUUCGAGAAAUGGAUGAAGGAGCAAAACCAAUAUCUAAGCGAGCUCAUUUCCACGGCGAAAGGAGGCAACAACAUCAUUGACAAUAACAGCGAGGCGGUGGCAGCGACAGAGGCAUUGAUUAAACGAGUGAUAGAACACUACGAGCAUUACUACGAGGUGAAAUCGUACUGGCUGGAGAAAGAUGCAUUGGGUAUACUAAACCCAUCAUGGAUAUCAUCAUUUGAAGAUGCCUUCCUAUGGCUAGGAGGGUGGAGACCAACCAUGGCUUUUCAUUUACUCUACUCCAAAUCCGGCCUCCAACUCGAGGGUCGUCUUCUAGACCUAAUCUAUGGCCUCUCGACAGGGGAUCUUGCCGACCUUUCCUCACACCAAGUCGUCAAAAUCGACACCUUACAAAGAUCCAUUGUAAAGCAAGAGAAAGAAAUAACAGAGAAUAUGGCCAAAUAUCAAGAAACAAUAGCAGAUCCAUCCAUGGUGGAGCUUUCUCAUGUUGCUACAAAGUUCAAAAUGGAAACAUCAGGAAGAGGAGAUGAUUAUCAGUUGAGUAAUAUGGAGGAAGAUUUCAAAUCGGCUUUGGCUAGAAAAGAAGAUGGUUUGAAAGAAGUUGUGAAGAAGGCUGAUGAACUACGUCUUGCAACUUUGAAGCAAAUUAUUGGGAUUUUGACAUUAGCACAAAGAGUUCAUUUCUUGAUAGCUGCUGCAGAAUUGCAUUUGAGGAUUCAUGAGUGGGGAUUGAAAAGAGAUUCGAAUCCACGCUAAAGAAGAGAAUUAACUUUUCAUCAAGUAAAAUUGUUUUUGUUGGGUCUUUUUUGGUGUAUUCUCUCAAUAGUUUAUGAGGGAAUGUUAAGCUCUUAUGUCGUUUUGUUUCUUCUCACUGAGUUCAAUUGCUUUUUUGCUUCUUCUUUUGUUGUUUACUCUGUUUCUUUUUCCCAUGGUAUUGAGGGCAGGGUAUGAGAAAAAAACUAAAAAACAUUUGUAGUCCUAAAAUUUAUGAAAAUAACAAUUUAGUGUCCACAAUUUAGUGAGUAA